CUUUGAGCUAGCAACUCUCUGAGCUCUCUGGCUGUGUGUCAGUAGGCUGCUGUGGUGCAGACCGUAGCCUAGCCACGUUAGCCACCCUCCACCACCUCCACAGCUUAGUCAGCCAGCAUCUCCGGUGUGCUUCGGCUGCAGUUAGGCUCUCCAGUCUCUGAGUGUCUCUGUCUGCAGCGGAGGAUUUUCUGCCUCUGCAAGGAUUCGCUCUCUUUCUUGCCAAAGCAGAGGGAGAAAGAGAGGGACAGAGAGUAAGACGGGAGGGGGAAGCGAAACAGCGGGCCAGCAGUGACCUUCGUGGUGUGGUGGCAAAGCAGAAGAGGAACCGGGGAACGUGCAUAGGAUCCAUCAGGUGCACUUUCUGUCUUUGAGGAGCAGUGAUAUGGACACCAGGUGUGGUGACGUCCAGCUCUCUGUGGGUGUGUGUGGGAUGUUGUGUCAGGGCUAAAGCCCGUCCCUCUCCCAUGAGCCUGUGUGCCCACACACACACCUGGCGCCUCCACGCACACACCCGGCGCCCACACACGCACAGCCGGCACUGACGCUGUGAACUGGACCCCCGGAGCCCAGCCGAGCCAAGCGGAGCGGACUGUAGCCCAGUUGGAGCCUGAGGAUGUCAACAGAGACCGAGCUACAGCCAGCUGUCAGGCCCGGCAGCGUCAGACGGGACUUCAAGAGGAAAGGGCAGGAUCGCAGCGAGGCGGCUCUCAUCAGGCGCUUUAAGGGCGAUGGUGUCCGCUACAAGGCCAAGCUUAUCGGCCUGGACGAGGUCACUGCAGCCCGUGGAGACAAACUGUGCCAGGACUCGAUGAUGAAGCUCAAGGGUAUAGCAGCGGCAGCACGGUCUAAAGGAGAACACAAACAGAAGGUGUUUCUGACUGUUUCCUUUGGAGGGAUCAAGAUCUUUGAUGAGAAGUCAGGGGUCCUCCAGCACCACCAUGCGGUCCACGAGAUCUCCUACAUCGCCAAGGACAUCACGGACCACCGAGCCUUCGGCUACGUCUGCGGGAAGGAAGGGAACCACCGUUUCAUGGCUAUCAAGACCGCACAGUCGGCUGAGCCUGUGAUCCUGGACCUGCGGGACUUGUUCCAGCUCAUCUAUGAGAUAAAGCAGCGAGAGGAGAUGGAGAAAAAGGCCCAAAAAGACAAGCAGUGUGAGCAGGCGGUCUACCAGACAAUACUGGAGGAGGAUCUGGAGGACCCGGUCUACCAGUACAUUGUGUUUGAGGCCGGACACGAGCCCAUCCGUGACCAAUCAGAAGAGGGCAUUUAUCAGGUUCCCACCAGUCAGCAGAAGGAAGGGGUCUAUGACGUCCCAAAGCGACACCCAAAGAACGGACAUCAAAACACCCCCCUCCACCACCACCAUCACCAUCAUCAACAACAUCAUUAUAAUCAUGAUCGGCCCCUCCAACAAGAACAAACUGCACUACAGCAGCAGGCAGUGGCAGAUCUGAUAGACUUAGAUCUGGGAAUGGUGACUCAGAAUAUCAACCAAUUAGAGAUAUUUGGAGACAUGUCCACACCGCCCGACAUCACCUCCCCGUCGACCCCCGCCUCUCCAGCUAACACCCUCGACCCCUCGCAGGGCCUGCUGCCUCCCACGGAACUGUUUGCUCCCUUCAAUCCUGCGUCUGUGCCCUCAGGUUAUGUGACAAUGGGAGCAGUACCCCCCGGCCACUGGUCCCAGCAGGCGUUUGCUGCCCAGACACCGCUGGCCUUCGGGGUCCAGUCUCCUCUAGGUCCGGUGGCCCAGGUGCUGCCAGGCGGCCAGCCUCUAAUCUGGGGCCAGGCCAACCUCUUCCCUGCCACCCAGCAGCAGUGGGCAGCCAUGGCAGCCGGAGCCUUCUCUCCCACAGCCUACCUCCCUGCCCAACCUGUGGGCACUCUGCCUGCCGCCAUGUUCCAGACUCUCACCCCCGUCGCGACUGUGACUCCAGCUGGCGAGAGCCAUUCAGGUGCCGGAGCCAGCGCUGCAGCUCUCUCCCCUUCAGCGUCGUCGAGUCCGCAGCACGGGGAGAGGGCGAGGAAGAUAGGCAAGGAGAUGUUCAAGGAUUUUCAGCUGGCGAAGCCUCCGGCAAUGCCGUUGAAGAAGGGUGAGCAGCCCGGCUUAGCAGGAACCUCAGAGGCAUUCAGCACUUACUUCAGCCGUGUGGGCACUGCCCAGGACACGGACGACUGUGACGACUUUGACAUUUCUCAAAUGAAUCUGACGCCGGUCACCUCCACGACACCGUCCACCAACUCACCACCCACCCCAGCUCCCAGGCAGAGCUCCCCCUCCAAGUCCUCCGCCUCCCAUGUCAGUGACCCCCCCACCGACGCCACAGACCCCCCCACAGAUGACUCGUUUGGGGAAGCAGAGGGCAGCCCUAGUCGCAGUGGAGAGGAAGAUGCUAAGGGGAAGGACCCUCUCUACGCCCAGACAACAAAGGGAAGAAAUAAGAGACACACAGGAGACCUGACCAGCACCGAGAGAACAGGAGGAGAUCCUGCACCCGUGUGUGGUGGUGUGUGUGUGUGUGUGUGUGUGUGUGUGUGUGUGUGUGUGUGUGUGUGUGUGUGUCUGGCACAUCUCCCUGCCUGGCCAAGCCCUUCUUCUUCUCCUCCGGCUAACAACCUCCCAGGAGGAGCCUCCUCUGUCCUCCUUCUCUCCUCCUGAGAGGAGAGAGCCCUCUCGGUCAUUCGCUCCAGGCAGGAGGGAUAUCAAUCACUGAGAUGGAUCCAGUUCUCCCUCCACUGUGCUGUCUUCUCCUCUCUUCUCCCUGUGGCGACUCACACCCAGCCUUACAGACAUAACCUGCUCCUCCCUUCUCUCCAUUCUCUCUCCCUCCCUCCUCCUUCCUGUCUUCGCUCUCACACUCCUCCCUCUGCCUCCUGUGUCUGGCCAGAGACUGUGCUGCCAAGGAGGGACUGAAUCAAGCAGUGCCUCCAUAUCGCUGACACCCACACACAAACACACACACUCUCUCUCAUCGGGAUUAGAAUGAUCAUCUUUCAUUUUAACGGACAGAAUCUGUAGCGAGGAGAUCCCACAGGAGGAGCUAGACUCUUAACGAGCCAAUCAGGGAUGGCCCGUUACGGGGAUCACUGCUUCUGAUUGGUUGGUUGGUUCGAGCGUUGUCUCCCUAUUCUUGUGAGUGUCUGCUGGAUCACUAUGCAGAAACAGACUCUCUGGGAGCUACUCACACAUCAACUACCCACACACACACACUGUGCACACAGCAAUCAGCUUACAUAUACUCACCACACACACACACACACACACACCUCUCUAACAUACAUACACAGUAAUUUGCCAAACGUCUCUCCUCGCAGACAGACUCACACAGAGGCCAGAGGACCGGAGACACUGAGGAAUGGACACUGAGAGGGAGUAGUUGCAAGUCAAACAGAUUCUGUGAUCGAACUGUUCAUUCUCUAUAGCUUUUGUACAAUACCAAUUUAAAAAAAAAGAAAAAAAAAAGAAAAUGAAGAAAUUGAAAAAUUGAAUUUUUAUUUUAUAAGUCAAUCAAGCCGCUGGGGUCAGCUCUAUAGGAGUCAACAUGGCUUUAAGGCAUCUGAUCGUUGGUUUGCCAAUCUCAUUUUGUAAAUAAUAACAAGAAGAACAACCAUUUUGUCCACUGGACUUCUGUGCCAUAAAAUAGGAAGGCUUCAGUUAUGCAAACUCUUGACGUUAACCCAAGCAAUACCAACAAAUGUUUUUGUUUUCCCACUUUGUUUUGUCGCCCUCUGAUAUUAAUUUCAUCUUGUGCAUGGAUGUUGUAGGUCUUUGUCUUAUCCGCACUUACUAAUCCUGGUCCCGGCUGCACACGUUGACCCUAUUGAUCUCUUAUCCCCUUCUGCAGUUUAUGUUAGCAAAAGCCUAUACAGCCUGUGUCUCUGUACCCCGAACCCACAGUCUCUAUACGUUGCAGACAGAGUCUCACUCGCUGACAGACUGCUCCUCUCCUCCAUCCUCUCCUCCAUCCCAUUCUCCACCAGAAUCGUUUUUUAGAUACAGCCCAUCUGUCUGUCUGUUGGUCAGGUGCCAAACUGCUGCUGUCCCAGCAUCUGUGUGUGCAGUGCAGCAGCCUCUGCUACAACUACAUCAACUGUGAUGCCAAUGACUCCCUAUUUUAUGGCCAGAGUCCCCGUGUCACUCGAGAACUCUUUUGGACUAUGAUGUUGAUUAACUUUAAAAUUUGACAACUAGACGAUGAGCAAAGAAGUUGACUAAAAAGGGAAACAUUGCUGUUUGAGUACAUAACAUUUCUAGACCUAUUUUAACUUUACCUCAGCUAACAGUUUCUUAAUGUAAAUUGACACAUUAUUUUUAUCUUUAUGAAUAUAACAUUCUACAGUGGGUUUUUAGAUGAUUUUUUUGGUUCUCUCUUGAUUUACGUAUUCCACCAUGUAUUACUGUUACAAAUAAACACAUCCCAAAU